UGACAAGCAAAGGGAAUGUUGUGUAGCAUGGAAGAAUCAACUGGCAUUUUCCUGAUUUCUUUUUACUUUUGGAGUAUGAGAAACUUCAACUGUUCAUAAGCAGGGAAAGUUAACAACAGUUUUCUGCAAUUGAUUAGCUCUUGGAGGGUGUUAGUCAGUUCAGUCAAAAUUCCUAGGUAUCUUGGAGAUGACAGAGACAGAGCCCAGAGAAAAUCAUGAUGAUCUAGAGACUUCUAAAAUUGCUUCUUUUUCAUAAUUGAGGAGGAAGGUUCAUUGAGCUUUUUUGUUUGUUUGUUUGUUUUUAGUAUAAUUUUUCUCUUCUCAUAGAUCCCUCAAGAGGAAAAUGGUUUUGGAAAAUGCGUCUUCAGUCACUGAGUUCAUCCUUGCAGGCUUAACAGAUCAACCAGAGCUCCAGUUACCCCUAUUUUUCCUGUUUUUGGGGACCUAUAUAAUCACGAUAAUGGGAAACUUAGGAUUGAUCAUUUUAAUCAGGAUGAAUUCUCAGCUUCACACUCCUAUGUACUAUUUCCUCUUUAACUUAUCUUUCAUAGAUCUCUGCUACUCCUCUGUCUUUACUCCCAAAAUGUUGAUGAAUUUUGUCCUAAAGCAAAACAUCAUCUCUUAUUCAGGAUGUAUGGCUCAGCUCUAUUUCUACUCUUUUUUUGUUAUUUCUGAAUGCUAUGUGUUGACAAUAAUGGCUUAUGAUCGUUAUGUUGCCAUCUGUAAUCCAUUACUGUAUAAUGUCACUAUGUCCAAUCAGGUCUGCUCUUGGCUGUUGGGUGGAGCAUAUGCAAUGGGGUUUGCUGGUGCCAUGGCCCACACUGGAUGCAUGCUGAGACUGGUCUUCUGUGAUGCUUACAUCAUAAACCAUUACAUGUGUGAUGUGCUCCCCCUUCUCCAGCUUUCCUGCACCAGCACUUAUGUCAAUGAGCUGGUAGUUUUCAUCGUUGUAGGCACUAACAUUAUAGUACCUAGUGUCACUAUCUUUACAUCUUAUGCUCUUAUUCUGUCCAGUAUCCUGAGCAUGAGCUCCACUGAGGGCAGGUCCAAAGCCUUCAGCACCUGCAGCUCCCACAUAAUUGUGAUUACUCUUUUCUUUGGGUCAGCUUCAUUCAUGUAUCUCCAGCCCUCUUCAUCAGGGUCUGUAGACCAGGGCAAAAUUGCUUCAAUCUUUUACACAAAUGUGGGGCCCAUGCUAAAUCCUCUCAUUUAUAGUUUGAGAAAUAAAGAUGUUCAGGCUGCCAUGAGGAAAACCUUGAGGAGAAGAAUAUUUUCCAGAACAGGAGCAGUAUUUUCAUAA